AUGGCCGUGGCCUGGCUAAUUUGGCCGCUCAUGCUAUCUCUCACAGCACUUUCUGCUAACUCGUUAACCGAAGCAGAAGCAUUGCUGAAAUUCAAGGAAUCACUAACAAACACCAAGUCUCUCGAUUCUUGGACAUUAGAUUCAGAGCCUUGCGGAAGAACACAACGAUGGUUCGGAUUGCUAUGCAACAAAAACUCUGUUUUUGGCCUCCAAAUCGAACAAUUGGGUCUCACAGGAAACAUUGACGUUGCACCCUUAGUCGACCUACCCGGUUUACGCACCGUAAGCAUAAUGAACAACUCCUUCUCCGGUAAAAUACCAGAGUUUAACCGAUUAACCGCUCUGAAAUCGAUUUACUUAUCAAACAAUCGGUUCUCUGGUGAUAUCCCUCCUGAUUAUUUCGCAAGAAUGCUUUCCCUGAAGAAAUUGUGGCUGUCGAACAACGAGUUCUCUGGCCACAUCCCUCUCUCGCUUGCCACUACAUUACCAAAACUGAUGGAGCUACACCUCGAAAACAAUCAAUUCACUGGGAUUAUACCGAACUUCACCCAACCGGGUUUAGCUGAUGUCAAUCUCUCAAACAAUCGGCUAACCGGAGAAAUACCACCCGGUUUGUCAAGAUUCAAGGCAAGCAGUUUCGCGGGAAAUUCUGAUCUUUGUGGUGCAGAGCUAGGAACAACCUGCACGCAGCCGGGAAUUUCGACUGCAUCGAUCUCAGUAGACGGAGACAAGAAAGCUGAGUAUAAGAGCAAAUACUAUAUAGCAUUCGGUACACUAGGGUUCCUUUUUAUCCUUAUCAUAUUCUUCUUAUUAAUCCUAAAGAAGAGGAGGACGAGUAUGCUUCGUACCUCUGAACAAGACAACACAGAGGAUCAACAAAUUCAGGUAACUGUUGACGGAUCAAGAAGUGGAGCCUCGAGGCAUGGUAAGCCCAGUAGUUUCCGCGAGCUGAGGACAGAUUUGGUGAUGGUGAACAAAGAAAAGGGUGUUUUCGAUUUAGAGGAGUUACUAAAAUCAUCAGCUCACGUUCUCGGAGCUCCCAACGGCCAGCCUAACAGCGGGGGAAGCGUGGGAUCUGCGUACAAGGCGGUGAUCGCGAGCGGAGUCAAGGUGGUGGUGAAGCGAGUGACGGUGAUGAAUGAAGUGAGUAUAGGCGUAUUCGCACAAGAGAUCAAAAACCUAGGAAGCUUGCGUCACAAGAACAUCCUAACGCCUCUGGCUUACCAUUCCAGGCGAGACGAGAAGCUACUAGUGUUCGAAUUCAUCCCUAAUCUAAGCCUGCUUCACCGAUUAAAAAGCGAGGAGGAUUCGCAACUAAACUGGCCUUCACGGUUUAAAAUCAUUCAAGGAAUCGCAAGAGGGAUGUGUUACCUCCACGGAGAGUUAGCGUUUCUAACCUUACCUCACGGAAACCUAAAAUCGAGCAACAUAUUCCUCGCCGACGACGGCGAGCCGCUGAUCUCCGAGUUCGGCCUCCAGAGAUUGAUCAGCCCCGACGCUCAAUCCCAAUCCCUAGCCGCGUAUAGCUCUAGCGACGCAACCGUCUCUGCGAAAUCCGACGUGUAUACUUUCGGAGCCGUGGUGUUAGAGAUCUUGACGGGGAAGUCCCCGCCGCAAUACGGUGGAUUGGAUCCAGCCGGUGGCGCGAGUUUGGCGGAGUGGAUUGGCUCCGACGUGGAUCUGCUUCAUCCGACGGUUGUAACUGCCGCUCGCGAUGAUAAAAUGGUGUGGGAUGAGAUCGAGAAUGUUUUGCGCAUCGGUGUGAGAUGUAUCGGAGAAGAUCCAGAUCGGCGACCGAGUAUGAUUGAAGUCGUUGACGAACUAACGAUGGAUGAUUCUAGCGACGACUUCAUUUCUGUAGAAACUUAGCUUCACCGUCGAUUCUGGGAUUCGAUGAAUUCCAACCGUUAGAUUCAUGUAGCACCAUUUUUUGUUUUCAUUCUCUAUCUUUAAAUAUUUAUAUACUUGACGCGGGUUGAGAAUAUUAAUUUAGUUAUUUAUAAGAUAAGAAGAUAUUAGGUGUGUUUAAUGUUGA